UAUGUGGCGGGGACUCCUCUCGGCCCGGUGCUGAUGACACACAGCUGCAGCUUCUUCCAGAAGUUUCCUCUCACGGGUUUUACUGACCCGACUUCAACGGUCGGAUUCUCCCGGUGAGAAAAGCGGUGCGUCGCGGUGUUUCGUGGUUUAAAUUCAGUGACAGUUCCUCGCGUCGUGUCGGCUCGGAGUUUUAAAAAAGAAGUUACCCGCUGUGAGAGCGUGACAAGUCGGGGGAGCGACCACCCUUCGCCGUUAGCUAGCCCGGCUACUGCGGCGGAGCCUGUCCCCGUCACCCGGUCACCACCGGACAGGACACGCUGGAUGUGCCGCUGCCACGGAGCAGAAGCUAAGGCCUGGGAUGAUGCUCGUGUGAGGAGGAACUGAUCGGACUCUGGGAUGGUUAACGACUACUACACGGUGCUGGGAAUAGCCAGAGGUGCGUCCGAGGAGGAGAUUAAGAAGGCGUACAGAAAACAGGCCCUGCGCUACCACCCCGACAAGAACAAGUCCCCCGGAGCAGAGGAUCGAUUCAAGGAGAUCGCGGAAGCCUACGAUGUCCUCAGCGAUGCCAAGAAGAAGGACAUCUAUGAUCAACAUGGAGAAAAAGGAUUAAAGGGUUCGGCCGGCGGGGGAAGUCGAGGACACAGCGAUCAAAGCUACCACUACUCCUUCCACGGAGACCCUCACGCAAUGUUCACAGAGUUCUUUGGAGGCCGCAGCCCGUUUGACCAUUUAUUCUCACAGAAUGGGGAGGAUGACCGGGACGUCAACGACCCCUUCCCAGGGUUUGGCGCAGGAGGCAUGGGAGGAGGCAUGGGAGGAGGCAUGGGAGGCAUGGGAGGAGGCAUAGGAGGCAUGGGUGGCAUGGGUGGCAUGGGUGGGUUUCCCAGGCCCUUCAAAUCACAUGCAGGAGGCCCCCGCAGGCCGCAUGAGAGGAAGAAGGACCCGCCCGUGGUGCACGAGCUGAAGGUGAGCCUCGAGGAGGUUUUCGCAGGCUGCUCCAAAAAGAUGAAGAUCUCCCGCAAGACACUGAACCCGGAUGGCUGCACCAUGCGCAGCGAGGACAAGAUUUUAACAGUCGACAUCAAACGUGGCUGGAAGGACGGGACAAAAAUCACUUUUCCCAGGGAGGGAGAUGAAACUCCCACCAACAUCCCUGCAGACGUGGUGUUCGUGGUCAAAGACAAACCCCACCCGGUGUUCAGACGAGAGGGCUCAGAUAUCAUUUACCCUGCAAAAAUAUCACUCAGAGAAGCGUUGUGUGGAUGCACAGUCAACGCACCGACGCUGGACGGCCGGACCAUCACUGUGUCUUCCAGAGACGUUGUCAAACCGGGAAUGAAGAAGCGUGUCGCUGGAGAAGGGCUGCCCCUGUCCAAGUGCCCCGAGAAAAGGGGCGACAUGAUCUUGGACUUCACCGUUAAAUUCCCUGACAAACUCGGACAAAGCACGCGUGACGCUCUCAAACAGAUCCUCCCGCCGUGAUGUGACGAUUGAAGUUUGCCCUAAAGUGUAACAACUCUGACACUCUCUCUGUCCAUCCUUGAGCCAGACAGUUUGAGGCACAGGGCAGAUUUGGUUCCAGCUGUGUAAUUUUACCACGUGAACACCAAACCCACUUUCUGAGCCAGUAUCCAGUCAGUGUAUUAAGCGUCUCAAGACUUGUAAACUGACAGCUGAGGUUGAGUAACAGUGUUAAGCAACGGCCUGCUUCAGUGUCAGGCUUAAGUUAGAAAAGUAAACCGUAGCAAGUGUGUGUGUGUGUGUAUGUAAAUGUUAUAGCUGCAAUAAGGAGAAGGACUUAACAGUUCACUGAAUUGUAUCGUUUGAACAUUUUAUUUAGAGUUGGAGGAUGUGGUUUCAGUUUAGCACUUUUUUGGGAAACGCUUUAAAGUAGCUCCCAGCUGAUUAACAAUACCUCAGGUGCACUGACGUAUGCUUGAAUGUAGCUAUAACUACAUUAACCGACAGGAUGUGAUUAGUUUCAGCCGCCAAUGACCCCCCCCCCGUUCAGCCCUGGUAUUAACUUCCACCCUGAGUGAAACGUCCACAAGUGGUCUGCACCAAGUUCAGGUAUGAACGCACUGUGUGAACUCGAAUGCGUCCGAGGCCACAUAGGAAGUACCGCCUCCUCCGCUGACGUCCUCUGACCCGCUACAGUUUCACAAUGAAUCAAAAAGAUUUUUCACUCAGCUUUCAUACAUAGAUUUAUUUUUCACCACAUAAUCGACACUGACCAUCACAUAAUGGGUAGAAAUCUUUGUUUACUGCUCGCUCAUUUAUUCAGCCCCUCCUGACUCCGCCAAGCUAUCGCUCAGUCACACACACACACGCACAAACAUAUUCUUCAAACACAUCUGUAUCCAUAGGUUAUUAUUUGCAUAUAGAGCAAGGAAGUAAUCUCUGAUCACAAGAGGGUCAGAGGAGACACAUCGAGGACGCAUUUUAAUACAGGUGUGAAUUGACAAACUUAGUGCUGUCCACUUAUGAUCAGAUCUCUCAGGGCCGAUGUUAAUACCAGGUCUGAACGGGCCGAUGCCACUUUAUGUAGGGCCACAUUCUCAUAAGUCGUCUGGAAAAAUGAACCUAAAAUAUCCACAGGCCUAAAAAUGCUGUUGUGUGGAGUGUCAAGUUUCAGUUAUGUACCAUUUACAUAUGAAUUAAUUUCACUGUCAGGUAGCAUUAUACACAUUUUAAAUGUAGGAAAGAGGGAGCACUGCUAUCAGAUCGGUGUCCUCUAUCAGGAGAUAUCAGAGUUAAUUUAUCAAAAAAAUCCAAUGUGUUGAAGACAGCCCAUCUUUCAAAAUGUUUACUUUAACAAGACCCUGUUUCAGCAGGAUUGCACUCUUUACUGUGUAACAUAUUAGAAUCAUUGUGCCAAAUAAUCAUCCCUGUGUAAUUUCAAAAUAUGUACGUGUGUGAGGUCUUAAAUGUUGAGCAUGUGUGUGUCCCAUCAUGUGUGGCUGACAAAUGAUUAAAAUCUUAAAGCUAAAUUCCUUCAUCAUACCUUUAUAGAUAAGCAACGUCCGUGUGAUAUUUCAUUUCCUCAUUUGUUACUUCUCUGUUUGAUGAGUCAUUUCAUCCAAAGCCACUGAGCUCUUUGUCUUUUCUUAUUUAUGAGAUAUGAUAUAAGACUGGUGCUUAAUUGCGAUGCAAAUAUGUGUUUAAGCCCCUGAUUUAAAGGCAUGCAGAAUAUAUAUAUAUUUUUUAAAGCCUACAUUAUUCUGCCUUAUAACAUGCCUUUUAUUAUUUCCUUUAUCCGACAGUGUUCACUAUAACAUGCACAGUAUCUGGAAAUAUUUUAAGUUUUACACCUCAGUAAGAAACGCGCGAACUCUGCGUCACGUUUAGCUCCGUGCAGCUCUUACUGUGGAGGUUUGUAAACCAGGUGGUUCAUUUGCACACUUUAAGUAUUUCAGUGUUGACGUAUCCACUGUGAGAAGAAGCCACGAACUUCGCGGCGGUCGUUUCUUUCCUAAACCUGCUCCUGCUGAAGUUUUACGUUUCUAGCUGACACAAACAUGUGGUUUAACAUGAUUGUAGUAGAGAUGUGUAAUCUCAGUAAUGUUUAACUUUUUUUGUUUAAAAAAAUUUUUUUUUUCCCCCUUGCACAUGUUUUCCUUUUUACGGGAAAAUGUUUAUGUAUUAUAUUUGUUUUACCUCUUGUUUAUGUAAUUCUUCAGAGUGGGAUUUAGGAUGUAAUUUUUUCAAAGGUUUUUCCUAUGCUGUGAUGGAUUUUCCAGAUUAAAGAAAGUGACAUGUCUUUGAUUAAGGCCUGUAUGUUUUGAUUAAUGAGGAUGUUUUAUAAUGAUUAAAACAUUUUCCCCUGAAA